AUGUCUUAUGAUAGGAGCACAAAUAAUUCAAGAGGCCCUCCGUCCUCUGCCCAGUUUACCCCAAUGCAUAAUAACUUUCAAAGAAACAAUUUCGUUUCAGGGAUGCCCUUCCAGGAAAACUUCGUAAAUGCUGCUCCUACUACGGACGCACAAAAUAGCUAUCCAAAGAAUGGCACACCAAUAAGAGAUGCUCUCGAGGCCGAUAAACAAUCUUUAAACGUUUAUAUCUACGAUUUUUUAUUGAAAUCAAAUCUGAAUGAUACAGCUUUGACCUUCUUACAAGAAGCCGAUAUUUCUGAAAAUGGAAGAAGACCAGAAUUCAUCAAUAAUAAUCCUGCUCCUUUUGUCCCCACACAUGAUACCCCACAGGGGUAUCUCUAUGAAUGGUGGCAGCUCUUUUGGGACUUGUUCAAUAUCAAAUCAAAUAGAAAUGGUUCUGUCGAUACCCAAAUGUAUUCUGACGUUUUACGUAUUCAGAAUCAAAAGAGACAGCAUCAACAAAAUCAAGCAAUAUAUGCCGCUAAACUUCGACACGUUGCUGAAUUAAAAGGUACUUACAGAAAUGAGGACAUUUCUCCAAUGGAAGUCGCUCAAAUGCUCGCUUCAAUACCGCAUUUAACUAAUAAUGUUUCCUCUGCAAUAACCUACGAUCAUAUGCAACAACCAAUGGUAUAUCCCAUGCCAGAUAUGCCUCAGAAUGCUGAAAUGGGAUUUCCUCCUUCCGUACCAAUGUACAUGCCUCAGCAAUACAAUCCAGUUGGUACCAAUCUUGACACUAACAAUAUUUCUCCGUCUGCUGGCUGGCCAGCAUCAGAGUUCAAUGGUCAUCUCCCUCAGUAUAACAUUCCGACAAAUGAGAGAUUAAAUAGCAAUACUAAUACUAAUAAUAAUAAUAAUAAUAAUAAUAAUAAUAAUAAUAAUACUCCCAAGAAUGACAAAAAUAACAUUAUUCAACAAAUGGUACCAAAUAAUAUUGCUCCGCACUACAAUGAUAAGAUCAAUAUUAUUCACAAUAAUAUGGUACAAUCAGGAGCUAACAAUAAAAGAGUGUUACUAACAAAGGAAAAAGUCAAAACUCAGCGGCAGCCAUCUAAGAGGAGACGUACACUCUCUAAAACUUCAGAUAAAAGGGAUGGUAAUAACGGUGGCAAUUCAACUUUAAACAUGACAUUUGCUGAAAACAAGAAUCCUUCUAAAAGAAGAACUAAGAAACGUCAAAUGCCAAACGUUGAUACAAGUGUCAAUACAACGCCCACUGCCUCACAUGAUAAUAUUAGUCAAAAUGCCAUCAAGACAGGUAUGCCUCCCCCAUCAAGUGGUGUCUCGCCACAAGUUGUUUACUCUAACCAAUUUAAGACUCCGGCAUCUAGAAAGUCUGCCACAGAAAACCUAAGAAGAAAUUCCUUGACGUCCUUGGCGAAUAGUCUGCCUAAAAAUUUAAAGAUCAAAGAAUAUUCUUCCAUUUCUGAGCCAGUUACACCGCUAUACGGUAUAUCACCAUCUCAACAAUUAACCAGCCAGCCAAUAAGUAAUGGCAAAAAUAAUUUCAAGAACACUUUGUAUACAGUCGAGGAACAUUUAAAAUCGGAAUCGUCGAAUGAUUUAAGUAUCCCACUCAAGGAAAACGUUACGCCAAAAAAUCAAGGUUCUUCCGACUCUUGGAAGCUAAAACCUCAAGGAAAUCCACUAAAGACGCAAAAUAUGACCACCGAUACAGUUGCAGGCGACGCCUUAUCUGGUCUACAUAGUAUGGUUGAUAAACCUCUCGAACUGCCAUCGGAGCAGACCGAAUUUGAUGCAUUUAAUGAUGUGCCUCAAAGCAAUAAUAACAACAGUAGCAAUGCUGCCAACAUUGUAAAUGAGCCCUACUCUUUCCACGAUGACCUCACAGAUGAAAUGAUGUUUAUGAAUUCCUUAAUUAGUGAUGAAGAUAAAAACACUACGACAUACGAAACACCUGGAGAGAAAGACGAUAAAAAAGUGGAACAAGACAUGCUGAAUUUGGAAUCACUUCAGGGACCAGAGACUGACUUCUGGAUCCUUUAA